AUGGUAUACAUACCUUAUAUCAACGAAAGUUUAAACUUUGUGGGUAGUAACGUAAAACGUCUUCUCACGAGUUCGUCAAAUCCUUUGCCUAAAAUUCAACCUCCACCCCCAACACCGUCGAUCUGUGCAGGAUCAAUGAUUGUGCGGCUAGCAGGAUUGUCUGGUGCUUUAGCUGUUAUAGCUAGUGCUUAUGGUGCCCAUGGUUUCGGAAAUGAACAUGAGAAGCAAAGACAAGUCUUUAAAACCGGUGCCUAUUAUCAUUUAGUGAAUUCCGUAGCCUUGUUAAAUGCCCCGCUAUUUAAACAUCCUAAAGUGUCAGCUACUUUAUUCAUUGUUGGAACGAUACUCUUUUCUGGCUCGUGUUAUUAUGUCUCCUUAACCGGUGAUGAUCGUUUGUCAAGGGUAGCGCCUAUCGGUGGUAUGACGCUGAUAUUUGCCUGGCUUUCAUUAGUUUUCUAA